AUGCGUUGCCUAUUUUUCAGGGCAUAUAGAGCUGUACCGCACCUCAACAACUCAGAGCUACCCAGACCAGUUAUUGUAAGACCCUUUCCAUUCCUCAACAUUCUGACCAAACUGAGCUCCGAUCCCGACCUGGAUUAUAUCUACACUUUAGGUGAAAGCACAGGAUUCAAUGACAUUUUACAUAGAGAGGACUUGCAAUUCACAUAUUUCGUAACUACAGAUCGAUUUUGGAACAUGGUGAAGCAAGAAGGCUUAAAACAAGUUGAAAAAGACUUGGAUAUACUCAAAAGGCAUUUGGUCAUUGCUCAGAAAAGUUACACCAUAGAAAAAUUGGUAGAUAUGAGUAAGGUCGACUAUUACUUCACAAAUGUUGAUUUGCCAACAGAAAAUGGAGUUUUGAGGAUUAUGGUCAGAGAGAAAGAUGGACAGUACUACCUUAUAUGGAGAAACAAGCUGAUGCACGUUUUGAAACCGAACUAUAUGUGUACCAAUGGAAUCGUUCAUAUCAUAUCAGGACCGUUCACGAUAUUCGACGAUCCGCACGAAAAGAAGUCAUGGACAGUUAAGAGAAAUUUUCUAGAAAAGCUUAUUACUGUCCUGAAAGUCACAUUUGCUUCUCUCUAA